AUGGCCCCGGCCCGCGCCGGCCUGCCCUCCUCGCUCUGGGUGGUCACGGCCGUGGCCGCCACCUGCAUGUCGGCGGCCCGCAGCGAAGUGAACUUGCUGGACACAUCGACCAUCCAUGGGGACUGGGGCUGGCUCACAUACCCGGCACAUGGGUGGGAUUCCAUCAACGAAGUGGACGAAUUCUUUAGUCCCAUCCACACAUACCAAGUGUGCAACGUCAUGAGCCCCAACCAGAAUAACUGGCUUCGGACGAACUGGGUACCACGGGAUGGUGCCCGCCGAGUGUAUGCGGAGAUCAAGUUCACCCUGAGAGAUUGUAACAGCAUGCCUGGGGUGCUGGGGACCUGCAAGGAGACCUUCAACCUCUACUACCUGGAAUCUGACCGGGACCUGGGCACCAGCACCCAGGAGAGCCAGUUCGUGAAAAUCGACACCAUUGCCGCGGAUGAGAGCUUCACUGGCGCGGACCUGGGUGUCCGGCGCCUCAAGCUCAACACGGAGGUGCGGGGUGUGGGGCCUCUGAGUAAGCGAGGCUUUUACCUGGCCUUCCAGGACAUCGGGGCCUGCAUUGCCAUCCUCUCCCUCCGGGUUUACUACAAGAAGUGCCCGGCCAUGGUCCGCAACCUGGCCGCCUUCUCGGAGGCAGUGACGGGGGCCGACUCUUCCUCCCUGGUGGAGGUUCGUGGGGAGUGUGUCGGCCACUCAGAGGAGCGGGAUACACCCAAGAUGUACUGCAGUGCUGAGGGGGAGUGGCUGGUGCCCAUUGGGAAGUGCGUGUGUAGUGCUGGUUAUGAGGAACUCCAAGAUGCCUGCGUGGCCUGUGAACUGGGGACUUAUAAAUCAGCUCCAGGAGACCAGCUGUGUGCCAGGUGCCCCUUACACAGCCAUGCGGCUACGUCUGCAGCCCAGACCUGCCACUGUGACCUCAGCUAUUACCGGGCUGCCCUUGACCCGCCGUCUGCAGCCUGUACUCGGCCUCCCUCUGCCCCAGUGAACCUGAUCUCCAGUGUGAAUGGGACCUCUGUGACCCUGGAGUGGGACCCUCCCCUGGACAAGGGAGGCCGCAGUGACAUCACUUACAACGCCAUCUGCCGCCGCUGCUCCUGGGACCAGGGCCACUGCGAGAGCUGUGGCAGCGGCACCCGGUUUGUGCCCCAGCAGAUGAGCCUGGUACAGACGGCCCUGACGGUAGCCAACCUCCUUGCCCACAUGAACUACACCUUCUGGAUCGAGGCUGUCAAUGGCGUGUCUGACCUCAGCCUGGAGCCCCGACGAGCCGCCUCUGUCAACAUCACCACAAACCAGGCAGCCCCCUCCCAAGUGGUGGCGAUCCGCCAGGAACGAGCUGGGCAGACCAGUGUCACACUGCUGUGGCAAGAGCCAGCCCAGCCGAAUGGAAUCAUCCUGGAAUAUGAAAUUAAAUACUAUGAGAAGGACAAGGAGAUGCAAAGUUACUCCACCCUCAAGGCCACCACCACCAGGGCAACUGUCUCUGGCCUGAAGCCAGGCACCCAUUAUGUGUUCCAGGUGCGAGCCCGCACUUCAGCGGGCUGUGGCCGCUUUAGUCCAGCCAUGGAAGUGGAGACUGGAAAACCAACAGGGCUCCGCUAUGACACCAGGACCAUCGCGUGGAUCUGCUUGACUCUCAUCACUGGUCUGGUCAUCCUUCUGCUGCUGCUCAUAUGUAAAAAGAGGCACUGUGGCUACAGCAAGGCCUUCCAGGACUCUGAUGAGGAGAAGAUGCACUAUCAGAAUGGGCAGGCUCCUCCCCCAGUUUUCCUUCCCCUGCACCACCCCCCUGGGAAGAUCCCUGAACCCCAGUUCUACUCAGACCCUCACACCUAUGAAGAACCUGGGCGAGCUCGGCGUAGCUUCAGUCGUGAGAUCGAGGCCUCCAGGAUCCAUAUUGAGAAAAUCAUUGGUUCUGGCGAGUCCGGGGAGGUGUGCUAUGGGCGACUGCGGAUGCCAGGGCAGCGAGAGGUGCCAGUGGCUAUCAAGGCCCUGAAGGCAGGGUCCUCAGAGCGGCAGCGGCGGGACUUCCUCAGUGAGGCAUCCAUCAUGGGACAGUUUGACCACCCCAAUAUCAUUCAUCUUGAGGGUGUUGUCACCCGAGGCCGCCUGGCAAUGAUUGUGACUGAGUACAUGGAGAAUGGCUCCCUGGAUUCUUUCCUGAGGACCCAUGACGGGCAGUUCACCAUCGUGCAGCUGGUGGGCAUGCUGCGAGGGGUGGGCGCUGGCAUGCGCUACCUCUCUGACCUAGGCUAUGUCCAUCGAGACCUGGCUGCCCGCAAUGUCCUGGUCAACAGCCAGCUGGUGUGCAAGGUGUCUGACUUUGGCCUCUCUCGUGUCCUGGAAGAUGACCCUGAUGCCGCCUAUACCACGACGGGUGGGAAGAUACCCAUCCGCUGGACAGCCCCUGAAGCCAUUGCUUUCCGCAAGUUCUCCUCAGCCAGUGACGUGUGGAGUUUUGGGGUGGUGAUGUGGGAGGUGCUGGCCUACGGGGAGCGGCCAUACUGGAAUAUGACGAACCGUGAUGUCAUUAGCUCGGUGGAGGAAGGGUACCGUCUCCCUGCCCCCAUGGGCUGUCCCGCAGCCCUCCACCAGCUCAUGCAGGAUUGCUGGCACAAGGAGCGGAGCCAGAGGCCGCGUUUCCCCCAGAUCGUCAGCAUCCUCGACUCGCUCAUCCGCAACCCUGAGACUCUCAGGGUCACUGCCACAGUGAACAGGUGCCCACCCCCAGCCUUUGCCCGCAGUUGCUUUGACCUUCGAGGCGGCGGCGGUGGUGGUGGUGGCGUCACCGUAGGGGACUGGCUGGACUCCAUCAGGAUGGGUCGAUACCGGGAGCACUUUGCGGCGGGUGGCUACUCCUCUCUGGGCAUGGUCCUGCGCAUGAAUGCCCAGGAUGUUCGUGGCCUGGGCAUCACCCUCACAGGACACCAGAAGAAGAUCGUCAACAGCAUCCAGGCCAUGCGGUCCCAGCUGACCAGUCCCAGUGGCCCUCGGAGGCCCCUCUGA